AUGGAGGGGAAAUAUCUCGACAAUUGCCUGUCGAUCGAGGCAAAUGACGACGCGUACAAAGAGAAGACGAGGAUAGCCGAAGUCGCGACCGCGACAUUAUGCAGAUUGAACGGCAUAAUGAAACAGAUGAAAGAUAGGCGAGACGAACGUGCGAAAUUAACGUCAAACAUGUGGCGUCUGAAGCUAGCAUUGUGCGUAGCUGGUAAAGAAACCGAGGACACUUUGCACGCAGAUCCGUUGAUCGAGCGUCAAAGAGGUGAGAUCAAACGUUUAGAAUUGGCCAAUCGGACGUUAAAGAAGGAGAUAGCAGACGUUAAAGCUUCUCUGCCGGAAGUAGGAGGUUACGUUGCACGGGACACAACUUGGAAACACGACGACAAGCUUGCGCAGGUUAAGCAAGAGUACCUGGCAGAGAGGGAACAUUUGAACAACGAGAUUCAGUACCUGAAAAGUCAGUUGAACGAGACCAAGGAGGGUCACGAGCACAGUUCCGAAGUGGAGCACUUGAAAUGCAAGUUGAAGCACUUCAUGAUGGUCGACCACACUAUGGAAAUUAUAUUUACCGAUAUAGUUAACAAAGUCGCCGAGACAAUAGCGAAUUUGUCCGAGGAGUUGGUGAACGUAAACGAAUGCUUGCAUAGAUCUCGGCUGAAAAACACCAGCCUGUACAUAGAGAUCGACAAGCUGAAAGCGAUGCAACGCUCGAGAUGCGGCAAUCUCGUGGAUUAUCAGAAGAGGAUCGCCGAGUUAGAGAAUCUAACGAAACGUUUGAAAAUGGAGUUGAACAAAUUGAAAAACAAGCUGAAAAAUGAUCACCAGGCGCUAAUUGCCGCCGGUGAUCCAGAUUGCUCGAACUACAUGCAGAGAAUUACAGAGCUACGAGCCAGUUUGAAGCAACUGCACGGUGAAUUGGCAAAGUUCAUCGACGAUCCUGAUUCUUCGUGUUCGAAGAAAACGGUGGAACGCGAUUUGCAGCAGUUCUCGUUGUUAGGCACGACGUUGACGGAGAUCAACGUCGAGAUCGACGAAUUGAGAAACGAUCACGUGAGGAGGUACGGUAAAAUUGGCGGUAACGACGGUGUAGAGUGUUUGAAUAAAAUAGAGGAGCUGAUAAGAAUGGUCGAGAAGACGCGAGAGACGAUGAGCGGGUUGAAUGAUAAUCGUGGAGCGGAGGGAAAUUCGAACGAGUGGAGGGACAUCGAGAGAUUAGAAGGUCUCGUUGGUAACGUGUGCGACGGGAUGGAACAGCUGGAGGUGAUCGUGACAGCCGGGGAUCGUUGGAAUAUGUCGAGAAGUGUGGAACAGCUGGAGGGGGUGAUCGUUCGAUUAAAGUCGGAAUCGAAGGAGAAGGACGAACACGUGAACGUUCUGUGCCAGGAGUUGUUUGACAUGAAAAGUUUGGUGGAACAAAGGAACAAGGAACUGAAAGGCGAACAGGGAAAAGUUGCCUCGCUACUAGACGAAUACAAAGCUUUGAAAGGGAGAACAAAAAGAAUGGAGGAGGAGAGGAGGACGGAGGAGAUUCAGCGUGAACAGGAGGGCUCGAGAAAGGAGUUGGAACAACUGCAACAGGUGAAACGCGAGGCAAGCAUGGUGAAAAAAAGAUUGCAAAAUCUUGAGGCCGAUAAGGAGGGGCUGUUGAAGGAAAUGGGUAGGAUUCGCGAGGUCCUCCAGAAGAGGGACGAAGAGGCGAAGGUUGCUGAGAAAGAAGCGACGGAGAAGACAAUGGACCUGAUGAAGAACGUUUCGAGGGAGAACGAGAAACUGCGGAAUAAGAUAAACGAAUUGGAACGAGCUAAACGGAAAGAACGAGAGACUGUUGUAGGUGUCGAGAAGAAAAACGUGGAUGCGGAAAAACGCUCGCGGGAAACAUCGAGACAGACGGGUGUCGAACUGGAGCGACUGAGGGGGAACUUAGCUGUGUCAAAGGAGGAAUUGGAUCGCGCGAAUCGUGAGAUCGUCGAUCUGAAAGCCAAAUUGGAGCAUUUUUCCAGCGACAAGACGAGACUCGAAACGAGCAUCUUUCAUUUAGAAUCGAAGAAGGAGAUUCUCGUGUAUCAGCUGGGCGCGGAAAAAACUACAGCCGAGGAGAGGGUGAAAGAGCUAGCGAAGUUAGAAUCGAAUUACAACGAGUUGGACGUUGAAAGAACGAAUCUGAAGAACAAGAAGGAACAAUUGAGCGUGGAACUGGCGAAUUUGAAGAUCGAGAAGAAAUCUAUGGAAGAGUCUGUGGAACGUGUUCGCGUGAAAUGUUCCACGCUUGAGGACGAGAUCGAUAGAUACAAGUCUGAGUGUGACAAUCUACGCGAGGAGAUGAGAAACCUUAAGACGAACGGGGAGAAUUUAACCGCGAAACUGGAAGAGACGCGAUUGGAAUUGAAGGGAGCCGGAGAUAAAAUAAGCCAGUUGGAAUUCGAAAAUUCGAAGCUCGAUAACGAUUUGAACGGGUUGACUUUGAAGAACGCCGGGUUUGAGGGCCACGUGCAAGUGCUUCUGUCAGAAAAGAAUGAGCUCGCGACGUGUAUUAACAAGGUGCAACAGGAGAACGUCUUGCUGAAGGAUCAGCUGAAUGAAGUUAAAACGGCGAACGAAUAUUCUGCCGUCGAAUUGGAUAAAUUGAGAACGGCGUGUGACAAAGCGAGAUCGGAGAACACGGUGCUGCAGGUCGCGCUCGAUGAAACGGGGAGGAAGAACGAGACGCUGAGAGAAACAGGGGAGGAGCUGAAGCUGAGGCUGGCCGAAAUUCACAGCGAAUACAGGAUACUGAAAAAUCAGCUGAAAAUUUUGCAGCUGAUGAACGCCACUUUGAGGAAGGAGAAGGACAUGCUGGAGCACGAGUACGCGAACAGUCUGCGAUUGAACCUGUCGCGGAUGGAGAAGGAAGAAGGAUCCGUAGUGUACAGCGAACGAGGUAAGCAAAUUGCGAAGCCUUUGACGGGCAAAGCAGCGAGUGAAACGAAACGAGACAACCUGACGAAAUCCAGCAAACACGGGAAACAGAAAACGGUGGCGAGGAAGGACGUGAAGAAGCUAACGGUGGAGAACGAAUCAUUGAAAUUCGAGAUACUUCAUUUGAGAAGUCAGAAUUUCGAAGUUAAAGUGGAAUUGACUCGGUUGAAGGAAGAGCUUCAGAGACAGCAGAUAGAUUUAUCGAACGGUAGAGAGAGCGAUGUUGCGAUUAAAUCGAACAAGCCAGAGAUCGUGGAUCUUUAUUACAAAGAAAUUAGCAGCUACUCGAGUCGCGAUAAUAACGUGAGCACGGUGGCUUGUAUCGAUCAGUCAAGUGUAUGUCCUUACGACGUGUCGUCGAUGGAAGAAGAGGCUGGAACAGAUAUCGAGAGAUUGCUGGAAAUGAUAAAUAAGCUAAAAGUGGAGAACGUUGCUUUAAAGAUAGAGGUGAACUCUCUGAGGUGCAACCUGGUUGUUAAUUUUGUAGAAGACGAGAAGAGAAGGAACGAGGUGCGGGAUACAACGGAAGAAAUUGGAGCAUUGAAAGUGGAAUUGACGAAGGUGAGGGAAGAGAAGGAGUCCUUGCGGGUUCGACUGGAUACAGCUGGAACGAAAUUGAAUCAGUUGGAAUCUGAGAAGGCCGCUUUGAAGGAUGAGCUUUAUACCUUGAGGAAAAUCAAUUCUGACUUCAAACACAAAGUGAAUGAAUUACGGUGUGAUUAUCAGAAGUUGAAAGAGAGGAGCGGAGGAUUCGAGAAUUGCAUCGUGAGAGCGAUCAAGAAGAUAAAGAAGCAUACGACGAGUACGGAGGAUCGGAAUAGUCCGGCUAGCGAACUGACGUGUCUUUUGAAGAGGUAUAUUUCGGAUGAAAAUGUGAUGUGCUCGAUCGAACAGGGAAUAACUAUGGAAGGAACGUGA